AUGGCAGAGACAUUGGUGGUGCCAAUGGAUUACGUGGUGUUGAAAUCGAAGAUUGGAAAGGGCUUUCCAUACAUGAAAGCUGAUGAACGGAAGUCCUGGGUGCUAGUGUAUUCGCCUAUCUUGUUGAAGGCCGUCCUGCCAAUUGAAAUGUUCAGAAAUUGGAUCAGUUUUGUUGAUGCCUGCCGCCAAUUAGUAAAGCCAAGCAUCACGUUCUCUGACAUUGACGAUGGCCAUAAAUUUCUUCAAGAAUUCUGUACUAAGUGCCAGCGUAUUUACACUCCAACUAUUCUCACCUGUAACAUGCAUUUACAUCUCCAUCUUUGCGAGACCAUCCGUGAUUUUGGACCAGUAUAUGGAUAUUGGCUCUUUGGGUUUGAGCGAUAUAAUGGUCUGCUAAAGAAUGUGAAUACGAACAGAAAAGAUUUCUUUGAGGUUACAUACAUGAAUAGUUUCGUCCAAGAUACAUUCAAAGUUGCAUACUGCAUGCCAAAUCUUGAAGGUUACCAGCAUCUCUGCUCUCCAUUCUCCUUUGUCAACAACCAAAUCAUAAAGUUGAAAUCAAUCAAUUUGCUUGUUCAGGUUUACAAAGGCUGCAAAUAUGCUUCUGGUCGUGGCUCAUUUGUUCAAUCUCUGUUCCUUGGAAGUCAAGGCAAUAAUCGGUUGGCAUACACUGACCAAAUUCAGUAUCUGUUCUUGCACUCUUUCACUCCACCAUUCCAGAUUGAGCAUUAUCAUUCAAGAGAGUUGGAAAGUGUUGACAUCUGCAGUGCAGAUUUUAUUGCAUGUGAUUUUGAAUGCAUCUUGCCAGUACAUCGAAUAUCAUCAGUUGUUGCAACAUGUGAUUAUAAAACCAGCACAAAUAAUAAGAAAAUACUUGUCAAUGCUUUACCACACAAACAAUACAAUUAA